AAAUGGUAAUCUGUGAAAUAGCCCAUUUUUGGUCAGGAGGAACUACACGAAGUACAGCUGAAGGAAAUUUGAUUGACAUGGAAGGAGAAAACCUCUCAAAAAACUGCAAUAUUACAGAAUGGCAAGACCCAGGCUUGCUUUACAAUUGGCCAGAUGCUGUCACUCUUCAAGAUGACAAGGCUUUGAAAGUUACAAAUCCAUUCUGGAAGGAACUAUCUGCUUCUAACCCAUUUCUGGAUGAUAUAACUCAGCUAAGAAAUAACCAGAAGAAAGAGAAUAUCUCCAUUUUGAAAGAAGAUCCUUUUCUUUUUUUAAGAGAAAUUGAAACUGGAAAUUCUUUUGAUUCCUCUGAUGAUGAACUUGAUGUGCAUCAGUUGCUCAGCAAGUCUCCCUUAAGGAAAUCAGGAAGAUCCCAAAGUGUUUCAGAACUUCUGGGCAUUUUAGAGGACACCACGAAUACUCAUCAGAGUAUGCAAAACUGUGACCAAAUCCUAGCACAAGACUUAGAAAGGCUUCAAAAUGAUCGAGAGGCUUAUAAAAUGGCUUGGUUAAGUCAACGCCAAUUGGCUCGCUCCUGCUUGGAUUUGAAUACAAUGAAUCAGAGUCCUGGAUGGGCCCAAACACAAGUUGCAGAGACCAUCACAGUUUGUAAACUCAACCACCAAGGAGGGUCCGUACAGUUACCUGAGUCAGACAUCACUGUCCAUGUGCCCCAAGGUCAUGUAGCUGUGGGAGAAUUCCAAGAGGUAUCUCUAAGGGCUUUUCUUGAUCCUCCACAAAUGCUUAAUAAUGAUCUUUCAUGCACUGUAAGCCCUCUGUUGGAAAUCAUGUUAAGCAACCUUAAUACAAUGGAAGCUGUUUUGUUAGAAAUGAAAAUUGGGGCUGAAGUAAGAAAGGAUCCUUUCAGCCAAGUGAUGACAGAAAUGGUGUGCUUACACAGCCUGGUCAAAGAGGGUCCUUUCAAAGUAUUAAACAACUGCUAUGUUUAUAAAGACACCAUCCAAGUCAAGCUGGUAGACUUGAGUAAGGUGAUGUAUCUAGUGAUUGCUGCACAACCUAAAGCUAUUCAGUCACCACCUGCUACCAUUUGGGAUUACAUUCACAAAACCAUCUCAAUUGGAAUUUAUGGCCCCAAAUACAUCCAUCCCAAUUUCACUGCUAUUUUUACAGUUUGUGGACAUAGCUAUAUGCCAGGAAAGCUUACAAUCCCUGAUAUUAAAAAGGAUGGAAAAAGCACAUCUCCUGUUGUAUUUCAGCUCUGGGGAAAGCAUUCGUUUUUGCUUGACAAGCCGCAGGAUUUAAAUAUUUCUGUGUUUUCAUGUGAUCCCGAUUUUGAAGUAAAAGUGCAAGGAGAUGGGAAACAAAUUAAACAAAAGCAGUUGGAGUCAGGUGAGGUGGUUCAUCAACCAGUUUUCUUUUCUUUAGUAGACUGCAGAGAGAUGCACUUGUUUGUUUUCCGUGUUCAGGUGGAGCCUCCUAAUGGUAGACCAGUUGCACAGUUCUUUAUCACUUCACCUGAUCCAGCUCCCAACCUAAAAAGGCUCUCAAAUCUGCCAGGUUAUCUGCACAAGGAGAAAGAGGACAAGUCCACGCCUUUAUUCUCAUCAGUGCUUGUUAAAUAUCCCACAUUCCAAGAUAAAAAAUUGAACUUUACCAACUAUGGGGUAACCCUGAAGACAGUGCUCAGACAAAGCAAGAUUGACUACUUUCUGGAAUAUUUCAAAGGGGACACGAUAGCUCUUCUUGGGGAAGGUAAGGUAAAGGCCAUGGGGCAGUCUAAAGUGAAAGAAUGGUAUGUGGGAGUCCUCAGAGGGAAGAUUGGACUUGUGCACUGCAAAAAUGUCAAGGUGAUUUCAAAAGAACAAGUCAUGUCUGUGUCUGAUAGUAUCUUUACAACCAGGAAUCUUCUUGAGCAAAUUGCCCUGCCCUUUAAAAAAUUGACUUAUAUAUACUCAGUUGUAUUGACCUUGGUGUUAGAAAAAGUUUAUGACUGGAAAGUUUUAGCCGGCGUCCUGGGGUACUCUCAUCUGGCACUGGAAAACUUUGAUCAAAUGCAAGCAGACAAAGAAUCAGAAAAGGUUUCUUAUGUUGUCAAGAAGCUAAAGGAAGAUUGCCAUGGAGACAGAAAUACAAGGAAGUUUCUUUAUGAACUUAUUGUGGCUCUGCUAAAGAUCGACUGUCAAGGGUUGGUAGUGCAUCUUCUCCAAGAAGCUGUUAUUCUGACUUCAGCUGUCAAACUUGGAAAAGGCUGGAGGGAACUUGCUGAAAAGUUAGUAAGACUCACCAAGCAACAAAUGGAGGCAUAUGAAAUUCCUCACCGUGGAAAAACUGGAGAUGUUGCUGCCGAGAUGAUGUGGAAACCUGCCUAUGAUUUUCUCUAUAAUUGGAGUGCUCACUAUGGAAAUAGCUACAGAGAUGUUUUACAAGACCUUCAAUCAGCUUUGGACAGAAUGAAAAACCCUGUAACCAAACAGUGGAGAGACUUAACUGGAGCUUUACUACUAGUAAAUUCUUUGGAGAUUUUGAGAGUAACUGCAUUCUCUACUUCUGAGGAUGUAUAGGAAUAGGGUGUGCUUUUUG